AUGGUGCUUAGUGUGGAAAAGAAGAAGAAGAAGAAAAAGAAAAGCAUGGUGAGAAGAAAGAUUGAGAUCAAGAAGAUUGAGAAUUUGGUUAGCAGACAAGCAACCUUCUCCAAGAGACAAAAGGAGUUGUUCAAGAAAGCCAAAGAACUCUCUAUUCUUUGUGAUGCGGAAGUUGCUGUCAUCAUAUUCUCUAACACUGACAACCUCUACGAGUUUUCAAGCACAAGCAUGGAAGAGACUCUUUCACGGUAUGGUGGAAGAAGCAUUGAUUUGAAUAGAGAAGUGCAACAUCAGCCUAGUGACCAGUCUCAAGCACAAGUUGUGGAGGUUGAUGCUACCAUUUCACAGAAGAAAAAGGUUGAUGAGAUAGAUAAUAAAAGAAAGUCAGAGUUGGAUGAGGAGAUUCCAGAUACUUCCUCGCAGCUAGGGUAUGUUAUGUAUAUUACUCAUGUUGUCGUCACCAGUUCAUCGCAGAUCAUUGAGGAUGAGAGCUUGCAAUCAAUAGGGAAGUCAAGAAGUAGCUUCACAGUGACAUAUUUGGAGUUGCCAUUUGAAAUUGAAACCCUUUGUUAG